AUGACCACCCUGUCGCUAUCCUGGCGAGAAUUUCUACAUUUGCGAUUUCCCUCCCAUCCCAGUAUUCUGGAGCCCGCUUCGACUGAAACGGUACCAUAUUCUGCCAACAUACCACCAGAACCCGAGGAAUCCCUGCGCCAGAGCAGUUUGGAUCCCAGUUUCCUAGACCGUGUACUUCUUCCGUUAGAAGCCUUUAUAGAGCAGCUGGGCAUAAUCGAUGACCCCGUCCCCCUCUAUGUCGCUAGGAGCAUCUCAAUCCUAUUUGAGAUACUGCAAAACGUACGGAUGGUCGUCUUGGAAGCCGUCGUCGCCCUUGAAAGCUCUUUCUCUGUGGAUCUAGUGCAUGUGUCAGAAUUGGAAUUGGAAACGGGCGAGAUGAACUUGUUUACCCACAAUAUCGACAUCCAUGAGGACGUCAAGGCGGUCAGUGUGGAGAUAAAGCACCCGAGAGUGCUUUACCGCUAUGCAACGGAGCUUCGAGAGUCGCAGGUCUGUGAGCCUGUAGGUCAAGAGGGUGGCAAGGCCAUGGCUGUCAAAGAAUAUACUUGCACACCAUGGGCAAAAUUUGGUCUGUUUUUCAGCGGAGUGUCCGCUAUUUUGAUGGAACGUGUAACAUAUGAUAGUGGGGAGCACGCUUUGUUGGUGUCCCCGCACUAUCAUCUUUUCGAUGACGACAACCCUCCCGUGUGCAACUCCUGCACGCCCCACGACGAAGGCGGAAUUCCACUUCUGGCAGUUCUGACCGGUUUACUGUUUCCUAAUGUCAUCGUGGAUAACAUGACUCGGUUGCCGGCCUUGGUGAACCCUCUCAAGGUGCGGUCCUCGAAAAGGUCGAGUAUCUCAACCGGCUCCGGGUCGGUACAGGGCAAACCAGCACUUGUCGACGUCGAACGAAAUUUGAAGAUCGCAUCCAUACCAUCUGCGAUCAUCCAGGUGUAUCUGCGGCUCCUCGAGUAG